CCUUACACCAAGUACUGCGGUUUCAUAGUGGACAUUUCUUCAGCAAUGGGCUGUAAAAACUGCUGCAGUAUUUGCCUCCAAUGUCUCUUUGGUUAUGAAACCAAUGUAAUGCUGGUUAUUAAUAACAAAGGUGUGGGAGCCCUCUUCAGACUGAUCCAGUUUUUGAUCAUCGCCUAUGUUGCUGUAUAUGUCUGCUGGAUUCAGCGCGCUUACCAGGACACAGACUCCGUGAUCAGCUCGGUCAGCACAAAGGUGAAAGGAAACAUUUUGACCAAUACAUCCAUUGAGGGGGUUCAUGUUUGGGACGUACCUGAAUAUGUUAUCCCACCCCAGGGAGAAAAAUCGUUCUUUGUGUUAACAAAUGUGAUUCCGACUCCAGGCCAGACACAGAGCAAGUGUCCUGAGAUUCCGAGUUUAGUCACGAAGUGUGAAUCUGACAGUGAUUGCAUAGAGGGACAAACUGAAGUCCAUGGCAAUGGUGUUCAGACUGGACAUUGUGUGCAGUAUUCUGAUACGAUCAAAACCUGUGAGGUGCAGGCAUGGUGUCCGCUUGAAAAUGACACCAUCAUUCCAAAACCUGCUCUUCUAGGUGCAGCAGAGCACUUCACAGUGCUCAUCAAAAACAACAUACAAUAUCCAAAGUUCAAUUUUAGAAAGCGAAACCUUCUGCAUCACAUCAACUCCACAUACUUAAAAAACUGCACGUUUGAUCGUAAAACAGACCCACACUGUCCUAUUUUUCGUCUGGGGCACAUGGUAACUGAGGCAGGAGAGGACUUCAGCGUCAUGGCUCUUAAAGGUGGUAUUAUUGGGAUUUUCAUUGACUGGAAUUGUGACUUGGACUUCCCAGAACGUUUCUGCAUUCCCAAGUAUUCUUUUAGCAGACUGGACAACAAAAAUCCUGAAAAUAACGUUGCCCCUGGCUACAAUUUCCGAUUUGCAAAAUAUUAUAAAAACAAUAAAAGCAUUGAAACACGGACAUUGAUAAAGGCCUUUGGAAUCCGCUUUGAUGUCAUUGUGUUUGGGAUGGCUGGUAAAUUCAAUAUUGUGCCCACUAUUGUCAAUCUUGGUGCCGCUCUUGCCUGUCUUAGUUUGGUGACUGCUAUUUGUGAUUGGGUCAUGCUUACUUGUAUGAAGGACCAUGACCAGUAUGCCAAACGUAAAUUUAUUCACCUGAACCAAAACGGUGACAGUGUGCCACUGAGCUCCAUGGAGACAACCUCAUAUGGGACUCCAUGAUGGAGUGAACUGGACACUUUCACCGCACUUAAAACCAGUAAAACUCAAUGGCCCGGGUUCAUAGACAGGGCUUAGCCUAAACCAGGAU